UUGGCCCGCUGCUAGCUCUUCUAUGUUCGUUCUAUGUAGUACAUAGCUCCGAUCCAUGCAUAGAUCGAAUCAUAUUUGUCAACUGUAGUUCUCGACUGAGGUCGUAAGCCCCCUACGCCCCUUACUCAGCACCCACCUCGCCGCUCGCACCUAAUACCUACCAGGAAAAGCCAGCCAUGAUUGGCCCAAACCAAUGCGCCAUGAUGAUUUGAGCAGGCCCCCUCCAGAUCCAUUUGUGUGGUGUGAAACACGAUUUGACCCGCUCUCCUACUACAUCCGUAGUCCUUUCGUGCUAACUUUCUUACGUCCUCCCGUCCUUGGGUCCUUGGGUCCUUGGGUCCUCGCCUCGAUUUGAUAUCGGCCUUUGGACACAAAGCCUGGAAGCAUGUCAGAGGUGGCAGAUGAUCUGCUGGGCCCCACGCCCACUUUCGCCAGUCCGACAGCCGAAGCCGAGUUCUGGAAAGACCGCGCUCGCCAACUGCAAUUGGACGUGACCGAGACCAAGAACGAGUUAGAGGAGUUCCACUUGAGCUCGCGCGAAUUAGAGGCCGAGCUGGAGAUGCAGUUGGAACAGGCCGAGGACCGCCUCAAGGACAGCCGCUCCUUGGCCAAUCGAUUGCGCAUGGAAAACGACCAAAUCCGAGAUAAACUCGAGCAAUGUCAACGCGAAUAUCAUUGCCAAGUGAGUGAUCUUCAAAGUGAGCUUCUGGAAAUCAAGACCAUCCGAGAACAGCUCAGCAAGUAUGUACGAGAUCUGGAGCAACAAAAUGACGACUUGGAACGCGCUAAACGGAGUACCUUGGCAUCUUUGGAGGACUUUGAAGGCCGACUGAAUGCGGCCAUUGAGCGGAACGCAUUUCUCGAGUCCGAAUUGGACGAGAAAGAAAGCUUGAAGGCCGCCGUACAACGUAUGAAAGACGAGACCAAAGAUCUGAAAUCCGAACUCCGGGUUUUAGCCCCUAGACAUCCCAAUCUCUCGUCCAUGGAGUCAUCUUCGUUAGAGAUGCCUGACAAUGACAAACAAGCCAUGGAGGCCAACAACAACAACCACCACCAUCAGCGCGUUUUAAACCAUCAACUUCAAAACCAUCAACAUCCACAGCAGCGGCGGUCCAGUGGUUUGAUGACGGCCGAUUCUAAUAAAUUGGCCGAGGAUUGCGAAACCAAAUCUGAGAAUGGAUCUGCGGUCGAAUCCGAAAGCACGCCGUCCAAAAAAAGGAAUGGAACCACAUCCGAUCAUGAGCGUCCCACCAAUGGCUUGUCUACGGGUCAACAAGCCCUUACGCCUUCCGCUCGCAUAUCCGCUCUGAAUAUCGUCGGUGAUCUGUUGCGGAAAGUGGGCGCGUUAGAGCUCAAGCUGGUGUCGUGCCGCAAUAUCGUGAAGGAGAAUGCCUCGGCCUCUACCUCCAUAGCCGGUGGCGGAUCGUCAACCACGCUUAGUCAGUCAGAGUCGAUGCCUCACCACCAUCACCACCUGGGCAACACGUCUGCCUUUGAGGGGACCUCCAUAAAAGGAGGCCCCGGCUAUCCAUCGGUAGAUCGAUCCAAGCGACUUCCACGAGGUGCCUCUACUCCUACCAUGAAAAAAAUCAUCGAUUCUUAGGAUCUAGCCUGAGCCGUCACUGUUAUUAGUGGUCCCUCAAGCAAUUCCAGCAUCUCACCCCAGUAACAACAAUGAAGAGAAAUCACUCCCAGCAACUUAGUGAGAAUAAAGGCCAAGAAUCAAUAAUAACAACAUUAAUAAACGUAAUAUAACAUGACGAAAGACCUUCACUUUAUGUAACAUAUUUUUUAUAUAAAUAAACUCAAAUGAAUUUGCUGA